AUGGCUGCCGUAGUGAAUGGCGUACCUGUCGCGAUCCCCCCCCCUGAAGGCUAUGUCGUCGACUUCGAGCAUCCUGCUCGGAACAGUGUCCCGGCAGCAUACUGGCUCUUCGGCGUCGGAAACUUCCUCAUGCUCAUCUUCAUGCUCCAGAGAGUCUAUGUCCGGGCGGUGAUACAGAAGACAGUCAAACUAGAAGAUGCUUUCUUGGGGGUUGCCUAUGUGUUCUCGGUCGUGUUGCAAACUCUGAUUAUUCGCGACUUCGUCCGUGGAAUCAUGGGAACCCACGCUUGGGAGAUGUCUCUCCCAAAAUUCUCCAGCUUUGCCCGCGCUCUAUACCUCCUGCCCAUCCUGUACAACCCCGUUCAGUGUGGUGCAAAGAUGGCCCUCCUCGUUGUCUACCGCCGCCUAGCGCCGCAAAGGUGGUUCCAUUACAGCCUGUGGUUCACCAUAUGUAUAGUGAUCGGCUCCUCCCUAGCAAUCACUUUCGUCACUAUCUUCCCCUGCAAACCGAUCCGGGGAGCGUGGGACGUCACCAUAACUGACGUCAAAUGCAUCAACCGCGAGGCCGUGUACAAGGCGACUGCAGCGCUGGGCGCUGUGACCGAUGCCAUGGUGCUUGCCGUCCCCAUCCCUAUCGUUGUACCGCUUAGGAUCCCUAGGCGGCAAAAGAUUGGCCUGCUAUUUUUCUUUAGCCUCGGUGGAUUAACCGUCUUCACGUCCAUCAUGCGACUGAUUACACUCAUCAAGUCUAUGGAUACUGUGGAUCAAUCCUGGGGUGGCGGGCCCGUCCUCCUUUGGAUCUUCGCCGAAGCCAACCUGUCAGUCAUCUGCGCCACGCUCCCGACCAUCAAGCCUUUCUUUAGGAAACUCUCUCCCUAUCUUGUGGGCGCAUCGAGCAAUGCGGCAUCCAGGGCCGGUCCAUCCAUCAACAAAGAUACGACUCCAACUUUUAGGGGAACCGGCACGGAGCCCGUACCGAGAUAUAAUGGAUACGAAAGAUUCGACGACAGCCCGAUGUACCCUCUCAAGACAAUGGUAAACGUCGAGGUCGGAAAGGCUGACGGCCAGGAUCACCAGCAAGGUGAUUCGAAAUGGACCCGUAAGCCUCAGACGUCGCUUCAACGUCACCCCGACGACUCAGGGUCAGAGAAGGCUAUUGUGCAGACACGUACGACGACUAUGUCGUAUUCCAGGAGAUAA